AUGGCGGCGGCGGGGAAAGAGGCGGAGGCGCAGCGGCUGCUGGCCGAGGCGGACAAGAAGGUCCGGGGGGCUCAGUCCUUCCUCGGGGGCCUCUUUGGGGGCUCUUCCCGGCUGGAGGAGGCCUGCGAGUGCUACACCCGCGCCGCCAACAUGUUCAAAAUGGCCAAGAACUGGAGCCAGGCCGGCGCCGCCUUCUCCCGCGCGGCUCAGCUGCAGCUGCAGCUCCAGAGCAAACACGACGCCGCCACCAACCUGGUGGAUGCCGGGAACGCCUUCAGGAAAGCUGAUCCGCAGGGUGAGCGCCGGGAAUCCCGGGAAUCCCGGGAAUUCCGGGAAUUCCGGGGGCCGGGGGGGUGGGAGCCCUCGAAAUUCCUGCUGGAAUUCUGCCGAACGCUGGUGACAUCUCCAAAAAAUCCCGCUGAAAUCUUGGCAGAUCCUGUUAAAAUCCCGUUAAAAUCCCAUUAA